ACCAAAGAGUUCAUUUGUUAGCAUAAAAUAGAUUCAUAUAAAAACACUAAAUUAUAUCCACUAAUAAUUUCUUUUGUAUAAGAAAAAUGUAAUUUAACAUAUACUACAACAAUUUCGUAUGGCCUUGCCAAAAAAUUGGAAUGUUGGGGGAAUUAAAAUGUGUAAUUUACCAUACACUAUCAAUUACAUCUAAUUUCAAGGAUUUUUUGAAUCAAACAUAUGUCUACCAUGAAUAAUUUACCUCUUAGUAGGCAUAUGAAGGCAUUAAAAAAUAUGGCUAGAUUCUUAAGUCUAGUUAUCCCUUAUUAGUGUUAUGAACACCAAAUCUCAAUCAUCUAAGGCAAAAAAGAAAGUUGGAACACCAUAUGCCUAGUAUUUUCUAUUUUCUUACAUCUCUUCUUCAACAUUUAAGUAUAGGUUAAAGACAUCAUGUAUCACUUAUGCAAAGCCACAAAGAGUAGUCUUAAGAGAAUAAUUGCACCAAAAAAGAUAAAGUUGCUCAAGCAUCUGCUAAACAUCAUAGACUCUGUAGAGCAAUUUUUUGCAGUAGCAACAGCUUUCUCUCCCAAUGAUGAACAUGAAGCCAGGGAUCCUAAAGCUUUAUACGCUACUCCAAAAGAACUAGACAAGUUGAUUAAGAUCUUGCUGGAUGCAUACUUUCUCAACAAGGAGGAGACUGACGUCAAAUAUGCUAAAAAGAUGACUCAACCUAUUGUUAGACAAAGGUUGUUCAUCCUCAAGGAAAUAAUUGAAGAAGAAUACUUGGAUCAAAGGACAACAGCAACAAAGCCAACAAAGGAUAAAACUGAAUCAGAAAAGUUAUAAACUAUAACCCAUUUUCAUGUGUUUUUGUUAGAAACAAAAGUUAGGUUUUCAUGGUGAAUCUUACAAUGUGAUUCAUUUAUAGCUUAUGCUAUAGCCAAAGACAAUUUUUGGAUCUUUAUGCUGUAUUUGUUGAGUGGCAAUG